GGCUCUAGCUUGAGAGAGGAAAAGCAAAUUUGGCGGACUGAGGCGGAGCUGUGUGUCUUCCUUUACGUCCGCAUUCACGAUUUAAAUACGGACGUUCCUGACUCGACAUUUAUCAGUUUUUCUCCGGAUCAACCUGAACUCGACAACAUGAGUGGACGCGGCAAAGGAGGCAAGGGACUCGGAAAAGGAGGCGCCAAGCGUCACCGUAAAGUUCUCCGUGAUAACAUCCAGGGAAUCACCAAGCCCGCCAUCCGCCGUCUGGCUCGCCGUGGCGGAGUCAAGCGUAUCUCCGGUCUCAUCUACGAGGAGACCCGCGGUGUGCUCAAGGUCUUCCUGGAGAACGUCAUCCGUGACGCCGUCACCUACACCGAGCACGCCAAGAGGAAGACGGUGACCGCCAUGGAUGUGGUCUAUGCCCUGAAGAGGCAGGGCCGCACCCUGUACGGCUUCGGAGGUUAAACGUGACACCACAGCUCCCAACAACACAACGGCUCUUUUAAGAGCCACACAACUCUUCUACAGAGAAUAAUCCUUAUUCAUGAUGAAUUUAUUUUAAUGUGAAAUGAUUAUGAACAACAUACUGGUAUUUUCAUAUGACAAUUGAAGCCUGCCAUUAUGGAAGAAGUGUUGACACAAAUCCUAACCACCACAAAUGUUGGCAAAAGAAUUAAAGAGCAUA